UCCAAGCGGCGGUGGCAGGGUCUGUUUCCGGUAGCGUCGGUGACUCCAUAGGAAGGCUUUGAGGAACCGGCCCCAGGCAUUGAGGAACCACCGUUCUUCCCUGAGCUUUAUUAGGACUCGGCGGGCAGGUAUGGCGGCGGCUUUUCGCAAGGCGGCGAAGUCCCGGCAGCGAGAACACCGAGAGCGCAGCCAGCCUGGCUUUCGAAAACAUCUGGGCCUGUUGGAGAAAAAGAAAGAUUACAAACUUCGUGCAGAUGACUAUCAUAAAAAACAAGAGUUCCUCAAAGCUCUUCGAAAGAAGGCUCUUGAAAAAAAUCCAGAUGAAUUCUACUAUAAAAUGACGCGGGUUAAGCUCCAGGAUGGAGUUCAUGUUAUUAAGGACACUAAGGAAGAAGUAACCCCAGAACAGCUAAAGCUAAUGAGAACUCAGGAUGUCAAAUACAUAGAAAUGAAAAGGGUUGCAGAAGCUAAGAAAAUUGAAAGACUAAAAUCAGAGCUCCAUCUGCUGGAUUUCCAGGGAAAGCAACAGAAUAAGCAUGUGUUCUUUUUUGACACCAAAAAAGAAGUUGAACAGUUUGAUAUUGCCACUCACCUGCAGACUGCCCCGGAACUAGUUGGCAGAGUCUUUAACAGACCCAAGAUAGAGACCUUGCAGAAGGAAAAAGUGAAAGGAGUUACCCAUCAGACUCGACUUAAGCGGAUAGCGAAAGAAAGACAAAAGCAAUAUAACUGCCUGACACAGCGAAUUGAACGAGAGAAGAAAUUGUUCGUUAUUGCACAGAAAAUUCAAACACGCAAAGAUCUUAUGGAUAAAACUCAGAAGGUGAAGGUGAAGAAAGAAACAGUGAACGCCCCAGCCAUUUACAAGUUUCAGAGUCGUCGGAAACGCUGAAGUAUAUUAUAGAUAAACCUUACUGUUUACAUAAAAAAUAAUUCCAUUUUUGGCAGUAACUUCAAAUUUCAUUAAUUCAACUGACAUGGCUUUCCUGUUUAUAACUAUGAUUUAUUGUUGAUCUAAUACUUGAUGUCUUCCUAUGAGCAAUAUUAAAGCCCCUUCCACCAUGUCAUUGUUUUGGGUUUGUGAAAUCAGUCUUAUUUUUUUAUACAGUGCAUACAUUUUUUUUACUAUGGAAGUUAUAUGAUACCAUUACAAAAAAGUAGAAAAUAGAUGAAUUCAUUUCUAAUUUUAAUAAUUAUUUAAGAACAACAAAUAAUUAUUGGAUACUGGGAGCUAAAACUACUGAAGUGAACAAUUGCUGUGAGUAUUCUGGUUUCUUCAUUUUAUGAAGUGCAUUAGUUUUUACUUAUAUUUUUGUGUUUUGUAGCUGUAAUUUUAAUAAACAAUUUUACAUCCCAA